AUGACGGAGGUAGCUCAAAUGCCUGACAUCGUUCAAAAUGGCAAACCUAAACGAAUGGGACGUUUGAAUGUUGAACUAGGCUCAAUAACGCAGCAUAAUAUUAUGGUAAGUCACUUUCUGAUAGUUUAUUACCCUUCAGCAAUUGAAAAAGCUGAAUGAAGCCGUCUUUCCUGUAGCUUACAACAGUAGGUUCUACAAGGAUGUGGUAACUUCUGGAGACCUGGGCAAGUUUGUGUUCUUCAACGAUUGUGUGGUUGGAGCGGUUUGUUGUCGAAUUGACAUUGAAGAAGGCGUUAAGAAGUUGUACAUCAUGACUUUAGGCACGUUGGCCCCAUACAGACGACUUGGCAUCGGAAGCAUGCUUCUGAAUCACGUUUUCUCUUUGUGUGAGAAGGACAAGGGCAUCAAGAGUGUUACUUUACACGUUCAAGUAAGAUUUUACUUUCAACAUUGUUUAAUUCAAGUUGAAAAAUUUUAUAUCUUUUUAUAAUAAUGGAAUUAGUUAUCAAUUUUAAAUUAAAAUGUUUUAGAUAAACAACGAAAGUGCUCUCGAUUUCUACCAAAAGUUUGGCUUCCAAAAGAGUGGAGUCGCUGAGAACUACUACAAGAGAAUAGAGCCGUCAUCUGCUUAUAUCCUUGAGAAAGAAGACAACUGA